GUGUCACAAUGGUACAGUCUGCCCCCAUCCGCGGAAAUCCAGUCCCUGCAGAUGAUCUGGUGGAAAUGUUAUGAAGACAGGUUUUAAGCCAAUAAUCAUACGCGAGCAAGCAUUUCACAGUCUACAAUUAGGUGUGGAUUUAAAGCACACAUUGAAGAGCUGUUGAAUCACCAUCUCUGGAAAAUGGAUCCAGGAUACUUAUUACAUCUCGCUGUUUGAAAUACGUCUCAAUUAAUCUCACUCACUGGCUUUCAUUCUACCAUCAAUAACAUACCAGGCCGACGACGACUGCUAACUAGCUAGCGGGUAUUCCUAGCCACCUAGCUAACAUACUGGUUUCCCCAUUCUUUUCUCAGAUGUCCACAAUGACCACUAAGGUCCUGCAUGCUCCUCCCACACCUAGCCCUGCCUCUUCGUGAUUGAACAGCUGCUGACUGACCAGAGAGGUGAUAUAUGUCUGUGUGGCCAUGACUUAAAGACGUCAUCAAUCAAAAUGGAGAAAAAGAAAAUGUGCCCCCGUCUGCUGGACUACCUGGUGGUGGUCGGAGCCAGGCAGCCCAGCACUGAUACCGGGUCCCAGACCCCCCAGCUCCUUCGUCGCUACCCGCUGGAGGACCACCCGGACUUCCCCCUGUCCCCAGAUGUGGUCUUCUUCUGUCAGCCUGAGGGAUGCCAGAGCAUCCGGCAGCGCCGGGUCAGCCUGCGUGACGACGCCUCCUUCGUCUUCGCACUCACUGAUAAAGACUCGGGCAUCACGCGCUACGGCAUCUGCGUCAACUUCUACCGCUCCUUCCAGCGUGGGGGGCACCGCCGUGACAAGGCAGGUAGUGGUGGAACGGCGGCACAGACAGCGGAAGCGACCAGCGAGGGUUCCGAUGGCAGCAGUGGCUGCCCCACUGCCUCCACCUUGCCGACACCUGCCAGUGCCGACACAACAGCCACGUCCACGCCAGGCACGGAGCCGGGACCGCCCGGUGGUGAGCCAAAUGCCGGCAGGUCCCCUCGGCACAAACGCAGCACUGCCAAAAUGGUCAAUCGGAACCGCGACAGCACGCUGACCUCGCUGUGCAUGAUCAGCCACUACCCCUUCUUCUCCACCUUUAGGGAGUGCCUGUACAUCCUCAAGAGAAUGGUGGACUGCUGCAGCCACAGGUUGACCCAGCGCGCCGGCCUGCCACGCGGAACUCAGAGGGACACCAUGUGGCGCGUGUUCACGGGGGCCCUGUUGGUUGAGGAGAAGGGCAGCCAGCUGCUGGCUGACCUGCGGGAGAUCGAGUCCUGGGUCUACCGCCUCCUGCGCUCCCCGGUGCCCGUGGCGGGCCAACGGCGCGUAGAUGUGGAAGUGCUGCCCCACGAGAUGCAGCCGUCACUCACCUUUGCCCUGCCCGACAACUCUCGCUUCUCCAUGGUGGACUUUCCCCUGCACCUGCCCCUGGAGUUGCUGGGUGUGGAUGCCUGCCUCAUGGUGCUCAGCUGCAUCCUGCUGGAGCACAAGGUGGUCCUCCAGUCGCGGGACUACAAUGCCCUGACCAUGAGUGUCAUGGCGUUUGUAGCCAUGAUCUACCCCCUGGAGUACAUGUUCCCUGUCAUUCCCCUACUGCCCACCUGUAUGGCCUCCGCUGAACAGCUUCUCCUUGCCCCCACCCCUUACAUCAUAGGUGUGCCUGCCAGCUUCUUCCUCUACAAAUCCGAUUUCAAAAUGCCCGACGACAUUUGGCUCGUGGACCUGGACUGUAACAAGGUCAAAGCACCCACCAAUGCAGAGCACCUACCCCCUCUUCCCGAGCCAGAAUCCACAGAACUCAAGAAACACCUGAAACAGUGUCUGGUUAGGUUGACCGUGAUCACCCAAAAGCAGAUCUUCUCCUCUGACAAUAAGGCCCUGGCCAGCAUGAGUCUCAACACCCAACCCAUUCUGAACCUGGAGAAGUUCCAGGAGGGCCAGGAGUUACCCCUGCUCCCACCCGGCCAGAACAAGGCGUCGCCCUCCUCCACCGAGUUCAACCCCCUCAUCUACGGCAACGACGUGGACUCUGUGGAUGUGGCCACCAGGGUUGCCAUGGUGCGGUUCUUCAACUCCCCCAACGUGCUCCAGGGUUUCCAGAUGCACACACGCACGCUGCGCCUUUUUCCCCGGCCUGUGGUGGCUUUCCAGGCCACGUCCUUCCUGGCCUCGCGGCCCCGCCGCUCAGGCUUCGCUGAGAAGCUGUCGCACACCCAGGCUGUGGAGUACUACGGCGAGUGGGCUCUCAACCCCACCAACCUGGCCUUUCAGAGGAUCCACAACAACGUGUAUGACCCAUCUUUGAUCGGAGACAAGGGCAAGUGGUACGCCCACCAGCUGCAGCCGGUGUUCUACCGCGUGUACGACGGCAGCUCCCAGCUGGCCGAGGCCAUGAGCGGACCCCUAGAGGAUGAGGCUAAUGACUCGGACCCCACAGACGACAGCAGCGACAGCGAGGCUGGCUACGACGACUCCAGCUCUUCCUACUCGUCACUUGGAGACUUGGUGAACGAAAUGAUCAAAUGUGACAUCCAAGGGGACACGCCAAACCUGGAUCCCCCUACCCACGCUGCACUGGGAGAUGCCAGCGAAGUGGAGUUCCAGGACUUCCAGGAGUUCAAGGGAGAGGGUCCCCUCCCUCAAGAGAAGGCACUGCCCGAGGGGGGCGAUGGACCUCCUGAACCUUCUGAUGGACAAGCCCUCCGCUCGAGCUCCAGCACAACCGCCAGCUCCAGCCCCAGCACAAUCAUCCAGGGAGUCAACAAUGAGCAGGCAGAACCAGUGGAAAUGGAGGCGUUGGCCAGUGCAGCUCUACAGAACCCUGUCCCGGGAUUGGGCGUUCCGCCCUUCUCCAGACCUCCUCCAGACGCUGCCCCUGUGGGACCAGCCAAUAAGAAGGGAGAGUACGACAACCCCUACUUUGAGCCUCAGUAUGGCUUCCCUGCUGAGGAGGACCCUGAGGCAGAAGACCAAGAGGAGAUGUACACGCCCCGGUUCAACCAGAACCUCAACGGCAACAAAGCCCAACGCCUCCUGAGGCCCAGCAGCCUAAAGCUGCCCGGAGAGUCGGACGGAGAGGGCGACUCCCGCAACAGUUCUCCAAAUUCCACAAUCUCCAACAACAGCAGCGAUGGCUUUGGGGGCCUCAUGUCCUUUGCUAGUAAUCUGUACAAGAACCACGGCACCAGCUUCAGCCUCUCCAACCUGUCUGUACCCAAUAAGGGGGGGCUGAGGGAGAAGGCCGCUGGGGCUGGGCCCUUCCCCAAUCUCAAAGUAUUUGGACUAAAUUCUCUAAUGGAGAUAAUUACAGAGGCCGGCCCGGGGAGCGGAGAAGGAGGCGCCCGCGGUCCCCCCAGGGCCCUCGUUGACCAGAAGUCGUCGGUCAUUAAGCACAGUCCCACGGUCAAGAGAGAGUCCCCCUCUCCCCAGGGUCGUGCCAACAAUACCAGUGAGAACCAGCAGUUCCUGAAGGAGGUGGUGCAGAGCGUGUUGGAGGGCCAAGGUGUGGGCUGGCUCAACAUGAAGAAGGUGCGCCGCCUGCUGGAGAACGAGCAGCUACGUGUCUUCGUGCUGAGCAAGCUGAACCGGGCCGUCCAGUCAGAGGAGGAUGUCAGGCAGGAGGUCAUCCGUGAUGUGGAGAUUAGCAGGAAGGUGUACAAGGGCAUGUUAGACAUACUGAAGUGCACCGUUUCUAGUCUGGAACACUCGUACACCAAUGCCGGGCUUGGAGGCAUGGCCAGCGUCUUCGUUCUACUGGAAAUAGCACGCACCCACUACCAAACCAAAGUAGACCCAGAGAAGCGCAAGCGGAGCCCCAGUGACUCUGCAAGCAGCCCGGGCAGCAAGGGGAGCCCGUCUCCCCGCAUGGAGGGCACCAAGCCCCCGGGGCUCCUUCCGGUUCCCCGUAUCCAACUGCCGCACCCCACCUCCGGGGGCAAAGGCACCCGCCACUUUGACACCCGGAGUCUGAACGAGGAGAAUUUUAUUGCCUCCAUUGAAUUGUGGAGCAGGCACCAUGAAAAGGAUAAGCAAAAAUCUAUGGAAAAACAACAGCGAGCGGAGGGGGCUAAGAAACAGCACCCUGAGCUGACCGACAUGGAGGAGAAGAAGUCCCAGAUCAGUGCUGACAGUGGCCUCAGCAUCACCUCCGGAUCCCAGAAGAGUGACACAGAGUCUGUGACCAGCACUGAACCGCCAGUCCUUACCCGAAGCACCAGCCAGGACUCAGAGGCCAGCACAGUGAUAAGUAACAGCUCAGGGGAGACGCUGGGAGCUGACAGUGACUUGAGUAGCACCGCUGGAGAGGGCUUGGGUGGCAGGCAAGCCCCCCACCUCAACCUUUCCAGGGGAACACUGUCCGACAGCGAGAUUGAGACCAACCCGGCCACCAGCUCAGUGUUUGGUAAGACCCAAAAGAUGAAGCCUGGUGUGAAGGAGGCGAACGCUAAACUUGUGCCUGUCCAGGCUAAGGGGCCUCCCGCCCAGCCCUUGGAGGACAUAAGCAUGAGGAUUUACCUGUGUGAUGGCCUGCUGGGGCGUGACAAGAGCUCCGUGUGGGACCAGCUGGAGGAUGCUGCCAUGGAAACCUUCUCUCUGAGUAAGGAGCGCUCUACACUGUGGGACCAGGUCCAGUUCUGGGAGGAUGCUUACUUGGAUGCUGUCAUGUUGGAGAGGGAGGGGAUGGGUAUGGACCAGGGACCUCAAGAGAUGAUUGACAGAUACUUGUCACUCGGGGACCACGACCGUAAGCGUCUGGAGGACGACGAGGACAGGCUGCUAGCUACUCUACUGCACAAUAUGAUCGCCUACAUGCUAAUGGUUAAGGUGAGCAAGAAUGACAUCAGGAAGAAGGUGAGGCGUCUGAUGGGGAAGUCUCACAUCGGCCUCAGCCACAGCCAGGAGAUCAAUGAGUGUCUGGACAAACUGGCUAAUUUGAAUGGCCGCGAGCUGUCCAUCAGACCUAGCGGAAGCCGUCACAUCAAGAAGCAGACCUUCGUGGUGCAUGCUGGGACAGACACCACGGGGGACAUCUUCUUCAUGGAGGUGUGUGACGACUGCAUAGUCCUGCGCAGCAACAUCGGCACAGUGUAUGAGCGCUGGUGGUACGAGAAGCUCAUUAACAUGACCUACUGUCCCAAGACCAAGGUGCUGUGUCUGUGGAGACGCAAUGGCCAGGAAACUCAACUCAACAAGUUCUACACCAAAAAGUGUCGUGAGUUGUAUUACUGUGUGAAGGACAGCAUGGAAAGGGCUGCUGCACGACAGCAGAGCAUUAAACCAGGUCCAGAGCUGGGUGGAGAGUUCCCUGUGCAGGACAUGAAGACGGGCGAGGGAGGACUGCUGCAAGUCACCCUGGAAGGCAUCAACCUCAAAUUCAUGCACAGCCAGGAGCGGAAGGUUUUCAUAGAGCUGAAUCACAUUAAAAAGUGCAAUACUGUGAAGGGAGUCUUUGUCCUGGAGGAAUUUGUUCCUGAAACUAAAGAAGUGGUGAUCCACAAGUACAAGACACCCAUGGCACACCAGAUCUGUUACUCCGUCCUUUGCCUUUUCUCCUACGUGGCUGCGGUGAAGGGGAAGGAAGCAGAAGGCAAGUCCAAGCUCCUAUCUCCAAGACCCCUGCCCAGCUAGUCUACUACCCAUCCAAUCUACCCCCCCCCCCCCCCCCCACACACACACACACACACACACACACACACACACACACACACACACACACACAAAACCCCCUGUGCCUCUCACUCUGCAACAAAGUGGAAUCUCGGUCCUACUAUGACAUUGAGUUCUGACAAUCCUUGACCUACUUAAGCACACGCCUCUACUCCUCUUUGCACCCUGUAAGUACAUCUACAAGAAAUACCCUCUACUCUUUGUGCAUGGCCCUGUAAGUAAAAUCCUGUGUGUGUGUGCAUAAACUAAGCAAAAAAAGAAACGUCCUCUCACUGUCAACUGCGUUUAUUUUCAGCAAACUUAACGUGUAAAUAUUUGUAUGAACUUAACAAGAUUCAUCAACUGAGACAUAAACUGAACAAGUUUCACAGACAUUUGAAUAACAGAAGUGGAAGUGAAGUGUCCCUGCACAAAGGGGGGGUCAAAAUCAAAAGUAACAGUCAGUAUCUGGUGUGGUCCCCAGCUGCAUUAAGUACUGCAGUGCAUCUCCUCCUCAUGUACUGAGCCAGAUUUGCCAGUUCUUGCUGUGAGAUGUUACCCCACUCUUCCACCAAGGCACCUGCAAGUUCCCGGACAUUUCUAGGGGGAAUGGCCCUAGCCCUCACCCUCCGAUCCAAACAGGUCCUAGACGUGCUCAAUGGGAUUGAGAUCCUGGCUCUUCGCUGGCUUUGGCAGAACACCGACAUUCCUGUCUUGCAGGAAAUCCCACACAGAAUGAGCAGUAUGGCUGGUGGCAUUGUCAUGCUGGAGGGUCAUGUCAGGAUGAGCCUGCUGGAAGGGGGUACCACAUGAGGGAGAAGGAUGUCUUCCCUGUAACGCACAGCGUUGAGAUUGCCUGCAAUGACAAGCUCAGUCCGAUGAUGCUGUGACACACCGCCCCAGACCAUGACGGACCCUCCACCUCCAAAUCGAUCCUGCUCCAGAGUACAGGCCUCGGUGUAACGCUCAAUCCUUCGACGAUAAAUGCGAAUCCGACCAUCACCCCUGGUGAGACAAAACCGCGACUCCUCAGUGAAGAGCACUUUUUGCCAGUCCUGUCUGGUCCAGCGACGGUGGGUUUGUGCCCAUAGGCGACGUUGUUGCCGGUGAUGUGUGGUGAGGACCAGCCUUACAACAGGCCUACAAGCCCUCAGUCCAGCCUCUCUCAGCCUAUUGCGGACAGUCUGAGCACUGAUGGAGGGAUUGUGCGUUCCUGGUGUAACUCGGGCAGUUGUUGCCAUGCUGUACCUGUCCCGCAGGUGUGAUGUUCAGAUGUACCGAGCCUGUGUAGGUGUUACACGUGGUCUGCCACUGCAAGGACAAUCAGCUGUGUGUCUUCACUCCCUGUAGCGCUGUCUUAGGCGUCUCACAGUACAGACAUUGCAAUUUAUUGCCCUGGCCACAUCUGCAGUCCUCAUGCCUCCUUGCAGCAUGCCUAAGGCACAUUCACUCAGAUAAGCAGAGACUCUGGGCAUCUUUCUUUUGGUGUUUUUCAGAGUCCGUAGAAAGGCCUCUUUCGUGUCCUAAGUUUUCAGAACUGGGACCUUAAUUGCCCACCGUUUGUAAGCUGUUAGUGUCUUAACAACCGUUCCACAGGUGCAUGUUCAUUGUUUAUGGUUCAUUGAACAAGCAUGGGAAACAGUGUUAAGCCCUUUACAAUGAAGAUCUGUGAAGUUAUUUGGAUUUUUACGAAUUAUCUUUGAAAGACAGGGUCCUGAAAAAGGAACGUUUCUCUUUUUGCUGAGUUUAUAUAUGCAUGUAUGUAUGUAUGUAUAUGUGAACCCUGGUCUGUGGCAUCGUGCGUAAAAUUUCCCAACCCAGGUCACGUCCUCUAGACUCCUCCCAUACAGGCCCAGCCUGAGGCCUUGGCCAUAAACGUGCUUGUUCUUCAAGGGGAGACUUGGUCCGUCCGUCCCCCAUCUCUGUCCCCUCUUUGUGACUGUCCUCUCAUCCUGGCCUGCUGCCAAGGUCUCAUUGGUUGUUUUUAAUGGGAUGAGACAGAGAGGGGGAGGCAUAUGUGAGGCACAGCCCUGCAAGUCGAUAAGAAAGCAACCAAACCUCCCUGUUCACUCUGCGACUGUGUGAUGAAUAUUCUAUGUGCUACGUGGUAUUACUGUAAAACUCCAGUCUGUCCCAAGUCCAAACCAGUGAAAUGUUUAAAAAGCACUCUAGUACUGACGGGUGUCACUUUGUUAAAUACUACUACUGUUAAAUACUACUACUGUAUGGUGCAUCAAACACUGCAUGUAAAAGCUUUUUAAAGGUUUCAUUCCUUUUGAUCACAAAAUAUAUUGUGUGGUCCAAGAUGCGCGUAUCUCUUUAGCUUGCCCAGUGAGGCUAAACUACUGUAGUUCUACUGUCAAAUUUCUGGUCGGUGGUCCUCUUUAUUGAAUUGCAUGUUACUAUGGAGAAAAAAAUAUUUGAAGAGAAGCAGAAUGCUGUACAUUUCACCAUAAAAUGUUUUACAAUGUGUGGUUUAUUCACUAGAUGUGCAAUACUUUACAUAGUUAGCCAGAGCCAGAUCAUUGUUCUGAUAAAACAUCUCGGCUAUUCUGGCUUUCAAAGUGCAAAGAAUGUAAAAGAAAAAAAAAGGACUUCAUUGUCUUACAUAUUUAUUGAAGUGAAUAAAUGAUGACCUCUUGUUUAUAAGUGCAAAAUCACUAUUUGGAGAUUCUAAACCUACUGCUGCGCUAUCAAGCCCUGCUGUUAUGGUUUUGUCCGUUAAGUCUUCAUGUUGUGUCAGUACUGUGGUAAGGGAAAUAAAUACAUUCUAGCCCCAUUUCAGCCCAACUGUAAAUCCCACAGUUUGAGUGUGUACAUGCAGUGUAUUGUUUUGCCAGAUCAGCAAUAUAUGAAUAAUACAGCUAUGUGAUCAGGAUUUUGUUUUUAAUGUUUAAGUGGCUUUUAUUUUUUAGAGAGGAAAUGCUUGUGUAAGGAACAUAGUUACAAAUUCCAUGAGGCAAUUAUUUAAGGCAUUUCAUUAUUGACAAUAAAAACACUGGUGUAAAUAUGAGGGUCUCAAAACAGUUUGAAGACUCAGUAUAGUUUCUUAGACUAGUUACAUAUGAGAACCUUAAGAAAUGGGAGUAUUUGAAACCAACCAACCCUAUUAUUGUGGUAGCUAGCCUGCUGCUGUGGUGAAAGUGAUGGAAUAAUUGAAAUGGGUGUGAAAAAAAGUAUUUAUAGAACAUGUACAGCUUUGGCAAUAUCAAAAUAAAAGUUGUCAAAACUAAAGCCCUCCA